ACGAAGACGCCAAAACGAAAACUCAUGCAUGUACAUGAACCAUAAUGCAGGCGCAACUCCUGGUGGGACCCAUCGCUCCCAUCAACGGCUCCGAUGCUUUCUCCUCCCUCUUCAAAACCGGUCUCCUGACUUCGACCAGCCACCGCAGAAGAUCCCGCUCAGCGGUUGCGUCGGCGGCGGCGAUCAACGGCGAGCAGAACCACUACGCCGUGCUGGGCGUCGCUUACAGUGCCACGUCAGCGGAUAUCAAGAAGGCUUAUCGCCUCCUCGCCCGAAAGUAUCACCCUGAUGUUAGCAAGGAUUCACAAGCUGGUGAGGUGUUCAAGACUAUCUGUCAUGCAUAUGAAGUGAGAUUUCCAUAUAACCUUCUUUGUCUGUGUCCUACUAAUAAGUGCUUUUAAUUUGUUUGGACUGACUAUCUAAAUUUGAUACCAAUAAAUCUUCUUGGUUUAUUGUUUCUUAUAGCUGUU